AUGGAGACACGCGCAGAAUCUACAAAAUCGCACAGAUUGGCUUCGAAGAAGACCCAAUGCGCAUGCACGCCAACAGCAGUAUACAAGAGAACGGUGACCUCAACUGCGGAUUCCGGGACACCAACACCAUCGCAUAAGUCCUUUCUCCCGCAUUGGAGCUACAAGAAGAGCUCCAUUGCUGCCGCGGUAGUAUUCGUAGCUAUUACCACUGUGGCAUUCAUAGCCCUGACCGUCCUCCUCAUCAGAAGGCUCCGACAAUCCUGGAAGCGAUACAAGAAAAGGAAACGCGAUUACGCGAAUUCUAAAUACGCUGCAAUCUCUCCUCUCGACGACAACAUUGCUUCGUACUCAUUUGGCAGCACCCCGAAAAUCAGACGCAGCCGCGAAUUGUCGAUAUCUGACAAGAGCCGUCCAACUACUAAGACAUACGUCGCGGAAGAGGCAACGAGGCUGGAAGCCGUGACACGAGCACUUUGCGCAAACGCAGAUGCCAUGCCAGUUUCGCCUCUAGGCUCAUUUGUUGCUCCAAAGCAGUCAGAAGCCAGGCUCCCACAAUCGUCUGUGCCAGAGCGCCCAGGGAAAUCCGAAUUGCCCACGGAGCCAUGGCGGGCCGGCUUUGUUCCAAAGCAAGUGGUCGUUGUGUCUCCAUUGAAUCGAAUGGUGUCAGGAAAAGCAGCGGAGAUUGGGUGGCAAUCAUCGUUGAGAACCAUCGAUCAAUUAAGCUUGCUUGAACCGCAAGCCAGGCCUCAAAGGCCACACCGAAAAGCUCGGCGCGAGGUCCGCAACCAGACUCCAUCUACAGAUCAACUUUUCCGCCUUCCAUCAAUCGAGAGAAGCACGUCACCUCUUUUCGAAUUCUGA